CAUGUCAUAAACAUUCAAUUUAUUUUAUACAGUAUAAUAGAAAUACGGGUUUGCAAUUUAUAACACUUUGUAUGUAUAAAUUAAACUGCUAAGACGGUUCACGAAUUAAACUGUAUUGUAAAGUGAAGAUACAAACUUGGUUAUAGUUAUCAGUUAAAUUUAAAAUUACUUUAUAAAAAGGAUAGUUUCUCUUUAAAAUGUAAAUUUUGGAUUUUGAAUUAUCUACAUUAUACACCAUACAAGAACUGUUACCGGAAGUAAUGGCGGCUGCACCGAGGACAAUAACACCGGCAUAUCUGUGGGAGGAUUUGGAAUUACCUAAACGACCAUGGACAACAUACGGAAAGAUGAACGAAUGGACAAAAUCGUCUGGAGGUCGGGACAGUCGUACCGGAAUCCCUGUCACACGGUCAGACGGUAAUUGGAAACAUACACCAAGGGAUACAGACAUGCCAGCAAAUACACAAAAAGAUGACUAUAAUGUGAGAUUCCGAGAAUCCUACGCCGAUCUUACAAAUCAAAUAGCUUACAGAUUUCCCAACCCAGGACUUCCUAGAUUACGUCAGGGUAGGAUCGGUGGUAGCUGGAGACAUAUUAAAGAAGUUCUAGGUCAUGCUGGUAGUCGUGUUUGUUAUGUUGAUGGUCUUGUUUCCGUAUAUGACGAAGAACAAUUCAACCAGAAUUUACACGCUCAAUCUCCAUAUAGACCACAUCUCCGCCGACAACUGUAUUCCGCUAACAGAGGUUUUGAUUUCGAGACUGCAAGACAAGGUCGUGAGGCAGCUCAAGGUGUACAGUUACCUGCUGUAGAAGAGUUGCCCAUGAUGAGUUCCAACGAACGAGCGAGAAAACUUGCUAUACAGAACCCAACAAAACACAAGGCAGUUUACUCGUAUAAUAAAAUACCGAGUUUUAACUAGAACUUUUUAACUUUAUCUCAUCUUAUCACUUCUUGUUAUGAACUAAAUUUUCCUUUUAUAUUUGAAUAAACCGCUUUUGGAAAGGUCCGACAGAUUUACAGAAUUAUUAUUGCAGUUUGAUUUGGAAUUGUUCGCAACCAAGGGAAAUAACUCGUCUCGUUUUGGAGAAAAAAAGUACAUAUUCACUAUCUGUAUCGCAUGUUUUGCUCAAGGUACUUAAAAAGAGUAUACAAUAUAUUGUUUAACAGUAUUUGCUUACGUCAGUAUUAUGUUGUAAUAUUUAUAUUAUAUAAUUUACCAUUAAAUUUUCUUACUUUUUAAAA